CUCACCCUGUGUUUAUGUUUCUCUUUCACUUUCAGGGUGUGAGAGGAGCCUUGAGCAGAAGUAAGGCUGUCACACGGCUCGAACCAGACACCAUCCCCACGGAGCUGAAGACAGUAUGUCGCAUCCCUGGCAUGAGGGAAAUGUUGAGGAAGUUCCAAGUUGAUGUAAAGCUGGAUCCUGCCACGGCCCAUCCCAGCCUUCUCUUGACCGCUGACCUGCGCAGUGUGCAGGAUGGGGAACUGUGGAGGGACGUCCCCAACAACCCCGAGCGAUUUGACACAUGGCCCUGUAUCCUGGGACUGCAGACCUUCUCGUCAGGACUGGGAUUGCAGACCUUCUCGUCAGGGAGGCAUUACUGGGAGGUUGUGGUGGGAGAAAGAUCAGAGUGGGGUUUAGGCAUCUGUCAAGACACAGUGCCAAGAAAGGGGGACACCACCCCGUCUCCUGAGAACGGGGUCUGGGCCAUGUGGCUGCUGAAAGGGAAUGAGUACAUGGUCCUGGCCUCCCCGUCGGUGCCUCUCCUCCCACUGGAACGGCCUCACUGCAUCGGGAUCUUCUUGGACUAUGAGGCCGGGGAAAUCUCAUUUUACAACGUCACAAACGGGUCUUACAUCUAUACAUUUCACCAGCUGUUCUCUGGUAUCCUCCGGCCUUAUUUUUUCAUCUGUGACACAAUUCCUCUUAAUUUGCCACCUGUGACAGAAGCAGAAUCAGGAAAUUGUGCAUCCAGGGGUCAUCCUGACCCUGCUUCUAAUGUGAGAGAUGGUCAUUCCUAAAAUUCUCUUCCCAAGAUACGUUCCUAGCCUGACAGAGGGUCCUGGAGGGGAGUGGAGGAUUCACAUGCUGUUUCCACACAUGUUCCCAUUGAGGUCAGCACUUUAUUCCUUGUGGCUGUGGAAAUGUUCCCAUAGGGACAAAAGAGAAAAGAUAAAAUAGAAAUGGAAGAAUCUCAUCAAAUUCUGUUUCCAAAUACACUUUUUUUUUUCCUUUUUGUCUC